AUGAUGAAAACAAGGAGAAAAUUUUCCAUUUUUCCUCAAAUAGAAAACACAGUUUUCUUUGAAGUCACAAUUGGAAUCAUAGCCAACACUGUCCUGCUACUGUUCCACAUCCUCAUAUUUCUCUUCAAGCAAAGGCCCACACCUCUUGACCUGACUAUCGGUCAGUUGGCUCUAAUUCACCUGGUAAUGCUGGUAACUGUGGGCAUUAUAGCUACAGACACUUUUGGGGUUCGUGACUGGGGGAGUGACUUCCCAUGUAAAUCAGUUAUCUAUGUAUAUAGGUUAAUGAGGGGCCUUUCUAUCUGCAAUACUUGUGUCAUGAGCAUCAUCCAGGCUGUCACUCUCAGUCCCAGAAACUCUUACAUGGCAAAAUUCAAACAUAAAUCUAUACAUCACUACCCAUGUUGCCUUAUCUUCAUAUGGGUCUUCAAUAUGCUCCUGAAUGGUCGUUUCUUAGUCUCCAUUGGUGCCACCCCCAAUGUGACCUCACACAAUCUUGUGUUUGUCUCUGAAUCCUGCUCUCAGUGGCCCAUUAAUUAUUUGUUCAGGUACAUAUUUUUCUCAUUGGUGAACAUUCAAGAUAUCUCCUUUAUAGGGCUUAUGGCUCUCUCAAGUGGAUACAUGGUGAGCCUGUUGUGCAGGCAUAAGAAGCAAUUCCAGCAUCUUCACAGCACCAGCUUUUCUUCAAAAGUGACCCCAGAAGGAAGGGCCACCCGAACCAUUCUGCUGCUUAUGGGGUUCUUUAUGAUCAUGUACUUUUUGGACUGUGUGUCCUUCUUUUCCUCUGGAGUAUUGUGGAAAAAUGAUCCAAUUAAGCAUUUAAUUCAGAUGCUUUUGGGCAAUGGCUAUGCCACAAUCUGUCCUUUUGUGCUAAUAAGCACUGAAAAACGAAUCAUCAGGUGGUUAAAAUUCAGAUGCUAA